AUGAAGUUUGUAAUUUUUCUGCUUACUCUUCUUGUUGUUCAUAAUACAGCUAACAAUAAUAAACAAUUUUCUUACGUCAGUUUGACGAAUCCUAAAGUUGUUCCAUAUUCACUUGGUAAAUUUCAAUUCAAUACGCUUGAACAAGUCACGUUUCCACUUAACACCAUAUUUCCAUCUACAGCACGAAAAGUUAGCGUUACAGUCUUCAUUCGAAGUGGAAUGAAUCCUGGUGAAGCUGCAUUUAAUGUAUGGUUAUGGACUGAAUGUCCUGAAUACGGUAUUAGAGAUACAAAAUUUAAACGUGGUUAUCGUUACUAUCAAAGUGCUUUUUCAUUUGAUUCUGAAACACUCGAAUUUUUCUAUUGUUCAUCAAAGCCUGAACUUAAUGUCAUCACAGAUAAUCAAGAAAGCAAUGUACACCUGGAGCUAUACGCUAUAGGUUAUACUACAAUUUAA